AUGGUUAGUGAUACAAAUGUUGAUAAAGUAUAUCAAUAUGCCAUAGAAAUGAAAUGUGCAGUGCACAUAUAUGUUGAACAUAAAAUUAAAUGCAACGCACAAGAAGCUGAUGUAGGUGAUUUUCAAGAAGAUGAUGUUGAUGGUGUUGAACAAGAUGAAGUAGGUAAUGAUGUUGGUGGUGUUGAAAAUGGUGAAGAAGGUAAUGUUGGCGGUGUUGAAAAAGUUGAAGAAGCUAUUAUUGGUGGUGUUGAACAAGUUGAAGAAGGUAAUGUUGCAGGUGUUAAACAAGUUGAAGAAGCUAUUGUUGGUGAUGUUGAACAAGUUGAAGUAUGUCAAGUAAUUAAGGAUAGUGAAGAUAAUGAAUUUGAAGUUGAUGGUUUAUCAUUUGAUGAUUGUGAGGAUGAGAGGGAUCUUGGGAUGGAUGAUUGUUUUGAUGUUAUUGAAAAUCAAGAUGAAGAAAAUAGCAAAAGAGGUAGAAUAAAAGUUGCAACAAGGAAGCAUAAGCAUACUCUAAAAAGAGUAACAAUUGGUUUUGAUAAUGUAGGAUCAUCUAGUUAUGUAGAUAAUGAGAUAGACAUCAACUAUGCUAGUGAUAAGCUUGGUAGUAGUGACCCUAUUGCUUCUGAUGAAGUAAAUGAACCAAAAUAUCCAAAGUUUAAGAUGCAAGAGUUGGAAAAGAAUUACAAAUUCAAAAUGGGAUUGGAGUUUGUAUCACUUUAA